CCGGGGUUCGGCCCGCCCCGGGAGCCGGCCCCUCGGAGCCGCGGGCCCUGCAAUGGGACGUGUUCUCCUUUAAGAGUUAAGAAACUUGAAACCUUGUUUGCGCAACAAUCAGCGCCGCGGAGCCGCCAAAGUGUCUAGACUGGCAUAUGAUGGGAGGCAGCCAAUGACUCCGCGGCGCUCCUCCGGGGGCCCUCAGUGUGCGUUUGAGGAGAACAAAAAAGAGAGAGAGCCGAGCGGGGGAGCGAGCGAGGGAGCCGAGCCGAGAGAAAGAGCCGCCGGGCGCUGCCUCGCUGGACUUCGCUGGGACCGCGGGGCCACCGGGAGGCACUUUUUGUGGAGGGGGGAGGGGGAGCGACCUCUGCAGCCGCGGCGCCCGGGGCGUCCGAGCGCCGUGUGGGGUGGGCUGCGACCUCUGCCUCGGUGGAUUGCAUUUUUAAUUAAGGAUUCCCAGCAGCUCUUUGGGAUUUUUACAGUUUCCACUCAUGUGUUGACACUCGCGUUUGGGAGAAACUCUUAAGUGCAUCUAGCGCCUGGGACCUGAGACGGAGUUGGCCUUUCGUGCAUGCAAUUCCAGGGAUUUUGGGUUUGUUUGGGGUUUCUUUUUCUUCCAUUUUUUUUCUUUUUGCAGGGAGUAAGACGAAAACAGAGAGUUUCAACAAGCCUGCCUUUCGGAUCCUGCAGGAAAAGCCCAUGUAGUUAAGCGCUUGGGUUUUACAGGCAGGGCUUCCCAGGCACAUUUGGGGGGUUCGGCGCGAGCGCUUUGUGCUCAUGGACCAGCCGCGCAACUUUUGAAGGCUCGCCGGCCCAUGCGGGGACUUUUUGGCGGCGCGCCGCCUGCGGUCCCCCUCAAGCGCCGGGGCUGGAGUUGCUGAGCAACCCGGCCACCGGGGUCCAUGUAGCCGCUGGCCGGGCGCAGACUUCGGCUCGGCGUGCGCGUGUUCCUCGCCGGCCCACCCCGGCGAGCUCCCUCAUGUUGCAGCCCUGCGGCGCCCCUUCGACGACAGGCUGUGCGCGGUCUGCACGGCGCCCGGCGGCGGUGCUUCAUGUGGGGCUGCGGCCCGCGCAGCCGGCGCCUCGCUGAGGGAACGGACCCGCGGUAACCGGAGACCGCCUCCCUCCCACCCCCGGCGCCAAAGGAUAUCGUAUGUUCAGGUCCAAACGCUCGGGGCUGGUGCGGCGACUUUGGCGAAGUCGUGUGGUCCCCGACCGGGAGGAAGGCGGCGGCAGCGGCGGCGGCGGCGACGAGGAUGGGAGCUUGGGCAGCCAAGCUGAGCCGGCCCCGCGGGCACGAGAAGGCGGAGGCUGCGGCCGCUCGGAAGUCCGCCCGGUAGCCCCGCGGCGGCCCCGGGACGCGGUGGGACAGCGAGGCGCCCAGGGCGCGGUGAGGCGCCGGCGCGCGGGGGGCCCCCCGAGGCCCAUGUCGGAGCCGGGGGCCGGCGCUGGCGGUUUCCCGCUGGACGUGGCGGAACCGGGAGGCCCGGGCUGGCUGCCCGAAAGUGACUGUGAGACGGUGACUUGCUGUCUCUUCUCGGAGCGGGACGCUGCGGGCGCGCCCCGGGACGCCAGCGACCCCCUGGCCGGGGCGGCCCUGGAGCCGGUGGGCGGCGGGCGGAGUCGCGAAGCCCGCUCCCGGCUGCUGCUGUUGGAGCAGGAACUCAAGACGGUCACGUACUCGCUCCUGAAGCGGCUCAAGGAGCGCUCGCUGGACACGCUGCUGGAGGCGGUGGAGUCCCGCGGUGGCGUGCCGGGCGGCUGCGUGCUGGUGCCGCGCGCCGACCUCCGCCUGGGCGGCCAGCCUGCGCCACCGCAGCUGCUGCUCGGCCGCCUCUUCCGCUGGCCUGACCUGCAGCACGCUGUGGAGCUGAAGCCCCUGUGCGGCUGCCACAGCUUCGCUGCCGCCGCCGACGGCCCCACGGUGUGCUGCAAUCCCUACCACUUCAGCCGGCUCUGCGGGCCAGAAUCACCACCACCCCCCUACUCUCGGCUGUCUCCUCGCGACGAGUACAAGCCACUGGUUUCAGUGUUUGUAAUAAAGUUCUUCUGGAGCACAGCCACACUCACCCGUUUCCACAUCGUCUGCGGCUGCCUCCACACUGCAGUGGCAGAGAUCUAUCUGAUUCCACAUUGUCUUACACUGAAACGGAGGCCACCAACUCCCUCAUCACUGCUCCGGGUGAAUUCUCAGAUGGGAAGACUGCCCAUCUCUUCAUCACUGGUGUUCUUGGGGUUAAGAAUGAGACCUAAAGAUGGUAACCUAAAAUACGCCAGCAUGUCUCCGGAUGCCACCAAGCCGAGCCACUGGUGCAGCGUGGCAUACUGGGAGCACCGAACGCGUGUGGGCCGCCUCUACGCGGUGUACGACCAGGCCGUCAGCAUCUUCUACGACCUACCUCAGGGCAGCGGCUUCUGCCUGGGCCAGCUCAACCUGGAACAGCGCAGCGAGUCGGUGCGACGGACACGCAGCAAGAUCGGCUUCGGCAUCCUGCUCAGCAAGGAGCCCGACGGCGUGUGGGCCUACAACCGAGGCGAGCACCCCAUCUUCGUCAACUCCCCGACGCUGGAUGCGCCCGGCGGCCGCGCCCUCGUCGUGCGCAAGGUGCCACCUGGCUAUUCCAUCAAGGUGUUCGACUUUGAGCGCUCUGGCCUGCUCCAGCACGGGCCCGAGCCCGACGCCGCCGACGGCCCCUACGAUCCCAACAGCGUCCGCAUCAGCUUCGCCAAGGGCUGGGGGCCCUGCUACUCCCGGCAGUUCAUCACCUCCUGCCCCUGCUGGCUGGAGAUCCUGCUCAACAACCACAGAUAGCGGCAGCGGCGAGGCGGGCCGCAUCUGCCCACCGCCAGGAGGGCCAGUGCCAGAGACACAGCCCCCACGGA